GGAACUACCGCCGGAAUACAAACGGAGUGAAUACAACGGUGCGGGUUCGUGGUCAUACCUGCUGCAUCGAUAGCAAAUUAAUUAGUGUUUUUGUUAAUCCACAUCUCCGUUAUUGACGGGAGGAUGGUUCAAAUAGUUGUAAGAGGCAGCGUGGAUGGCAGCAGUCCUCCAGAGUGGCUGGUGGUGGAGUUACAGGGGGAGAUGGUGUCCAGACACAACUCUGGUCUGGCAGGAAAUGUGAUGGGAGACCUGCUGUACACCAAAGAGGGGGUGCCAGUGCUGAUUGUGGGACAUCACAUUCUCUACGGGAAGCAAGUCAAACUGGAGAAACCCUUUGCUGUUCUCACCAAGCAAUCGGGCCAUUCACAGGACAGUCCCAACAGUACAGAUGUUGUUAUAGAGGAAGCAAUGGAUACUGAUCAACAAGGCUCUGCUUCCACCUUUUACUCUGUGUCUGCACUCAUCAAAUGGAAACUGAUUUUUAAGAUACGGCCCAAACCUAUCAUCACAAAUGUACCCAAGAAGGUGUAGCAGGACUGCUACUCGAAGAAAUGUUUAGAUUGUCAGACUUUGUGAUCCUGUUGUUGAAGGCAGUUUUUAGUAACCAAAAUCAGACAUCAAUGGGUGUGCCUCACUACCUGGGUUUCUAUCCAGGUGUUUUAGCCAAAAUUCAAAAUAAAAGUCUGUGGAAGAAAAUUUCAUUUAAUCACAUGCUGUAGGCAGAGUGGCAGAGCAGAUGGACACAUAAAGCAUGUCCAGAGGCACUCUUUACAGUUCAGUUAACUCCUCAUAAAUAAUAACUGAUGAUGUUUGCAACAUCAGUUAUGUGCAGUCAUGAAUCUACAUUAUAAAUAAAUACUGUUGAUUUUCUUUAUCGUUUAAAUCCAGUUGUCCACUUUAGAGGGAAGGGUCACCUCAAAUUUGUUCUACAGUGUGACUAUUUAUGUGCCAAUGAAACAUUUCUACCCCCAGAAAUUUGGACAGUCUGUCAGUGAAUGAUGCAGAGCAUCAGUUUGUCUCAGAUUUAAUUUAAUAAAUGAAUCAUUG